GAAAGACGUUUAUCCAUCUGCCUCGAAUAUUCUGAAGGCUCAGUGGAUCCAUUGCCGGAAUUUCGAGACAAGCUCUACGCGACCCUUUCCAUUCUCCCAUGUCAAGAUAGCAUUAAGCCCGCCAUGUCGCAAACAAUAGGCAAGACCCGUCUUGCCUACUCCCGCACAUGGCACUACAUCGAUGUGGGCUCGGAUUCUCGUUCCCUUGGUCGGAUAGCCUCAUCAAUCGCAGUCUUCCUGAUGGGCAAGCAUAAGCCCAUUUACGACCCAUCGACCGACUGCGGCGACUACGUGGUUGCUUGCGGCUGCCACGACAUCCACGUUACCGGCAAGAAACGCCAACAAAAGCAAUAUUACACUCACAAUACGCGCCCGGGUUCGUUAAAACAAAUGAGCAUGGAGAGGAUGAUCGAGAAGUGGGGUGGCGGAGAGGUCUUGAAGAAAGCCGUAAGGGGGAUGUUACCCAAGAACAGGUUGAGGGAUAAGCGACUGGCAAGGUUGAAAGUUUUCGAAGGCACCAGCCACCCGUAUAAGGCCAACAUCGUGAGGUUCGCAGGGAAGCCGUUCACCGGCGACAAGCCCGGGCCCGUCAUGCAAGCCAUCGAAGCGACCAAAGAGACGAAAGCGAGUUCUUAAAUGGAUAAUGUGGCUGCAUUUUUGAGGUGUUUCUCAGCAAAGGCAUGCCAGAGUUUGCAAGGGCGCCAAUGUAUACGUGUAUCAUUGUGGGUAUAUGUACAGACUAUUUAUUGUUAUCCAGCGAUACCCCUCGAAUGACUCCAACACCAGAACUCCGAUGCCGAAAAAGCUCUAGCAAGGGUUGUCUACAGUUUGGAGGACAACGCGGUGUCGUCCCGGGUCACAGUGCACUUGAUGAGACCAUUGGGGUCUGAUUGAGGCGCGUAGACUUCGGCAUCCUUGCCGGUGUUCCUCAAGCCGUGAUGCCAACUGAGAUCGAUUUCGAAAUAGUGCUUGUUGGGGAGCGAAUAGUCGACCGCUUGGACCAAUGGCUGAGCAGCCAGGAUCUGUUCGCACAUCUUGUACAUAGUGUUUUGCACGCUAGGGCUCUCCUCGAGCGCGAAGAGGCGGAAAGUGAUCUCUCG